AUGUCCCGGAGUUACGCGCCAGCGUUCCACAGCUUUGCGUGGGCGCAGGCAGUGCAGAACAAGCCGCUCGUUCCGCGGCCUGCUUCUGACGAGGACGAGGUGGAGCACCUCGUGGACACCUCGGACGAGGAGAAGGAAGAGGGCGAGAUUGAGGAAGGUGAGGCCGUACAGAGCUCCUCUUCCCCUCCGAGUAUGCACCCAGAGACCAUCGACUUGGACUCUGAUCUGCCGGAGAAGUUGGAGACGGUGGUUGUGCAGGGGAGUAGCAAUACUGCUGCUGUGGCCGUCGAUGAGGAUGAGGAGGAGGUGGAUUUUGACCAGAGCGUGGGGAGUAUACUGGAGGAGCUUGAGAUGGUUUCUACCGAGGAAGCUGAGAAGUCAUUUGAGGGCUCGUGUGCACGCCUGCGCGCUUGCUUUGAGGGCCUGAAGCCGCUGUUCCCAGAGAGCGGUAGCCCCAUGCCUAUGCUUGAUGCACUUGUGCACCAGGCGUUUGUUGGAAUUGACACCAUCACCACUGUGGCUAAUUCAUAUGCGGUGCUGAAGAGGGACCAGAACAAGAACAUGCUCUUGAAGUUGCUUUUUCACAUAAAGAACAGAUAUUCCGACAUGCUAACACCCGGCCAGCGAGAUGAGCUCGAUAGUCGUGUGAGACAGUUAGUUUUUGAGGAUGGAAAAGGCAAUGCCAAUGGUCCAAAUGUCAAUUCUGGCACUAACACAGCGAAUGUUGUUGUUCCAUCAGAGAGACCACCUUUUGAAUCAGCAGUAGGAAAUCCAUUUAGUGGCUCUUGCUUGCCUUCGAUGGAGAUGCCGGCAAAGAAUAGAAUGGUUAGCCCCUUGUUGGAUCUUCAUGCAGAUUACGACGAAAAUAGCUUGCCCUCACCAACCCGAGAUAAUGCACCACCUUUUCCUGUGCCAAAACCCAUUGGAUUUGGAGCAUUUCCAAUGGCACCUGAAAGAUCUUUGACUGAAAGAGUUGAGUCUUCAAAGGUUCUGUAUGCAUCCAUGAAUGAUGCGCUGAAGGAUUUUUCUUCAUACCGCCAGAAGUACAGCCAGAAGUCUACUUUUGCAAGUGAUGAUCUUCCAAGCCCAACCCCAUCCGGUGAUGGGGAUAAAUCUGGAGACAAAGAUAGUGACAUAUUUGGUGAUAUUUCAAGCUUUUCAGCUUCUAAUAAUAAGACUGCUGUGCCAAGUGUGAACCUGAUACCUGAUACGCGACCUAGUGCAGUCAGUACCAAUGACAGUUUUGCAGUUGGUUCUCUAGGUUAUGCCAAACAAAUUGAGCAUUCUAUUUCAGGACCUAACCAUGCUCUGAAGUCUUUGGCUAAAAGUAGAGAUCCAAGGCUCAGGUUUUUGAACCGUGAUCCUAGUGGUACUGCAGAUUCAAAUCGACGUGUGAAUUUUGCAGAACCGAAUCUUUCCAAAGAUGUUACCUUGGGAGGUGUAGUAUCAAAUAAUAACCGCAAGCACAAGGCAGUUGGCCAACCUUUGAUGGAUGAAAGUGCAUUGAAAAGAACUAGAGGGGGUACCGAGAAUUCCAGAGACAUGCAGGUACCACCAGGUACAGAUGGAAGUAACAUUUGCUCCUAUUCAAUUGGCAGGGUUCAAUCAAAUCAGAAUACAAUUCUUGAAACCAAGAGAACAGGAAAUCCUAAUUUGAGGACGGAUAGUCAACUUAUUAGCAAUGCAAGUAGUAUCACAAAUAGUGCAGGAAUAAGUACUGGAACCCUCCACACCUUUCAACCUAAUUCAGUUCCACAGACCAGUGCUGCUCCAUUUACUUCAUUGCCUGCAGUGCUUAAGGACAUUGCUGUGAACCCGACAGUGCUCAUGAAUUGGAUUCAAAUGGAACAGCAAAAGAGGUCAGCUUCAGAAACUCAGCAGAUGGUAACUGCUUCAGGUGGUAUCUCUAGUUGCAUUGUAAGUAAUGUCACUGCUGGCAUGGUUAUACCACCUGGCAAUGCUCUAAAGACAGAAGUUGCACAAAUUCCUUCUAAUAGGCCACAAGGUCCCAUGCAAACAACCCCUGUGAGCUCACAAAAUGACGCUGGAGUAAUACGCAUGAAACCUCGUGAUCCUCGCCGUGUCCUCCACAAUAACAGCACGCAGAAGAACGAUACAACAAGCGCCGAGCAAGCCAAAAGCAAUGAAAUUGUCCUGCCAGAUAGCAAAGACAUUUUGAUUAACCGCGAACAACUGGCAGAGCAUUUCCAGACUAGUGCUUUGCCUUCUCAACCAGUCUCGUUGUCCAACAUUGCUCGGCCAUCCAUCAUGAGCACAAGUACGGUGGAUCCUGUCUCUAAUUCACAGUUAGCUGCUUCAUCACUUGUUACUUCUCAGCAAACUUCAGUCAGUGUAAAUAGGGCAGAUCCAACACUAGCUGCUGGACAGAAUGAUCCCGAUGCUGAUGGAGCAACUAAUGCUGCUCCUGGUACAACACUUGGUGCUGCGCCACCAGCUAACCAAUGGGAUCUUGAUGAUCUCCUUAAUGGUUAUGAUGACCAGCAGAAGGCUCUCAUUCAGAAGGAAAGGGCAAGACGGAUCAUGGAACAGCACAAAAUGUUUUCAGCAAGGAAACUUUGUUUAGUGCUUGACUUGGAUCACACUCUCCUCAAUUCCGCUAAGUUUAUAGAAGUGGAUCCUAUUCAUGAAGAGAUUCUGCGGAAGAAAGAAGAACAAGACCGGGAGAGGCCAGAGCGUCAUCUGUUCCGUUUCCAUCAUAUGCAAAUGUGGACCAAACUGAGACCAGGAAUAUGGAACUUUCUUGAGAAGGCGAGUAAGCUUUACGAGUUACAUCUGUACACAAUGGGGAACAAACUGUAUGCCACUGAGAUGGCUAAGGUUCUUGACCCUACUGGGGCCCUGUUUGCUGGGAGAGUCAUCUCAAGAGGUGGUGAUGGCAACUCAAGAGGUGGUGAUGGCGAUACAUUUGACGGUGAUGACCGCGUACCGAAAAGUAAAGAUCUCGACGGGGUAUUGGGGAUGGAAUCUGCAGUAGUGAUCAUCGAUGACUCUGUGAGAGUCUGGCCACACAACAAAAACAACAUGAUUGUUGUAGAGAGAUACACCUAUUUUCCCUGCAGCAGACGGCAAUUUGGUCUUCCUGGACCAUCACUUCUUGAAAUUGAUCGAGAUGAAAGGCCAGAGGAUGGCACUCUCGCUUCUUCACUGGCGGUUAUUGGACGCAUUCACCAAAACUUCUUCUCUCAUCCCAACCUCAAUGAUGCUGAUGUGCGGAGCAUACUAGCAUCUGAGCAGCGGAGGAUCCUCGUUGGCUGCCGUAUUGUCUUUAGCCGGAUUUUCCCUGUUGGAGAGGCUAACCCCCACAUGCAUCCUCUAUGGCAGAGUGCAGAACAGUUUGGUGCAGUGUGCACGAACCAGAUUGAUGAUCGGGUGACUCAUGUUGUUGCCAACUCGCUCGGGACUGACAAGGUGAAUUGGGCAAUACAAACAGGCAGAUUCGUCGUUCAUCCAGGAUGGGUAGAAGCUUCAACACUUUUAUACCGGCGGGCCAAUGAGCAUGAUUUUACAGUAAAAUAAAACAUCCCCUGAGCACAGGUUCCCCAUCCGGAGUCCAGGAAUUCUUCUGGGACAUGGUCCUGGUCAUGAAAAACCUAACAUGAUAAGAUAAACACAUAAUACAAGUCAAAAACAUGACCAUACUAAGAAACUUGGGCUUCUAAGAGAACAACACAGUUGAAACUAGGUACUGAAAUUCGCUUUAUGCAAAACCUGAAUGAAGAGAGGUCAGGUACUAAAACGGGGGUGGUGAGUACUUGCUUGGGGUUUGGAUAGACCAUGGAAGAAAAAAUGCUAAAACCAAAAGGAUCUGCUAAGACUCACCACCCUCCCUUGUAACAUGGUAAGAUAGUGUGUUUCUGGUAAGGGUAUGUUUUCAUUGGCCUCCUGCAGACCUGUGUGCUGCUGUCUGGUCACAGCAAUGGGCUGUGGCAGGUAUGAUGUACUCCCUCCGUUCGAAAAUACGCAAUUUUUCCUGACAGUUGUAUCUUCACAUCAAAAUGGGUCUAGAUGCAUCUAGAUAACGUUAUGAUAUUUUGGAACGGAGCUAGUAUCUGUCACCCAUCAAAGUGGAUGUGCAGCAGCACCCGUUGGAAUGAAACGAGACAUUUAAGAUGUGACAGGGUAGGAUUUGACAGGUUCAUUGGGCAACCUUUUUUGCCAGCCAGAGUCAAUUCUGGCAGAGACUGCAAAAUAUUUGAUCAGUUGGUGAAAGGAGCUAUUUCAAGAUUUUUGGAGUUAUCAAAGUUAA